AUGGACAAACCAAUCAAGAGAUUGGGUUCAGGAGGAAUUGGUUCUGUAUUCCAAACUCGUUGGAAGAAUAACAUUAUUGCUGUCAAGGUAUUUGACAUGAACAACAUGAAUAUUUCUGAAAAGGAUUUCCUCAUGGAGGCUAUCAUUCUCUCGAAAUUAAGACAUCCGAACAUUAUCACAUUUUACGGAAUUUCUUCGAGUCCUACAAAGAGAUUCAUUGCUAUGGAGUGUUUGGAGAAGAGUUUGGAUAAUUUAGUAACAGAAAUGCAAAAUCAAUCAGUUCAGUAUUCUCUCACUCAAAAAUUGGAAAUUUUGACAAAUGUUGCUAAUGGAAUUCUCUAUCUUCAUACAUUAUCUCCAACAAUUUUGCAUAGAGAUUUGAAACCUGCCAAUAUUUUGAUUGACAGAUUUGGAGUUUGUAAGCUUUGUGAUUUUGGUCUCAGCAAGAUGUUAUCCAAUUACAGAACUUCUGUCACAAGUCAAAUAGGAACCUGUUACUAUUUAAGUCCUGAAAUGAUUUCCAGUAAUAGCGAUAUACUUGGUGAAGAUGCCAGAGCAAUCGACAUUUACAGUUUCUCCAUUAUCAUUUGGCAAGUACUAUUCGAAUGUACCGAUCCAUACAUGAGUAGAAACUCACGAGUUUUACAAAAAUUAAGAUUAGAAGAACCAAGCAAUGUUGAAUCUUCCUAUCAACUUCACAAGGGAAUUUGUGAAAAUAAUUUGAGACCAAUUAUUCCAUUCACAGAUUUGGAGGAAUGCAAAGAAUGGUGUAAGGAAUUCGAUUCUCCAGAUGAGUACGAAAGAAUUUUCGAUUUGACUGAAUUAAUUAGACAAAGUUGGUCUCCCGUUCCUUCUACACGUCCUAAUAUUCAAGAAAUUGUUGAUCGUUUAGAGAAAAUUUACAAUGCCUAA